AUGGAAGCAGAAAUGGGGAGCAGCACGGAGCCUGCAAAAACAGCCAACAGAGGUACUCGAAUCGCCCUGGUUGUGUUCAUUGGUGGCACUCUGGUGCUGGGCACGAUCCUCUUUCUAGUGAGUCAAGGUUUCUUAAGUCUCCAAGCCAAACAGGAGUACUGCCUGAAGCCGGAAUGCAUCGAAGCUGCUGCUGCUAUCUUGAGUAAGGUAAAUCUCUCUGUGGACCCUUGUGAUAAUUUCUUCCGGUUCGCUUGUGAUGGCUGGAUACAGAAUAAUCCAAUUCCUGAAGAUAUGCCAAGCUAUGGGGUUUACCCUUGGCUGAGACAUAACGUUGACCUCAAGUUGAAGGCACUUUUGGAGAAAUCUAUCAGUAGAAGGCGGGACACCGAAGCCAUACAGAAAGCCAAAAUCCUUUAUUCAUCUUGCAUGAAUGAGAAAGCGAUCGAAAGAGCAGAUGCCAAACCAUUGCUCCACAUCCUGCGGCAUUCACCUUUCCGCUGGCCUGUGCUCGAGUCUAAUAUUGGUCCUGAGGGAGUGUGGUCAGAGAGAAAGUUCAGUCUUUUGCAUACCCUUGCAACAUUUCGUGGUCAGUACAGCAAUUCUGUGUUCAUCCGACUGUAUGUGUCCCCUGAUGACAAGGCAUCCAACGAACAUAUCUUGAAGCUGGACCAAGCAACUCUCUCCCUAGCUGUGAGGGAAGAUUACCUCGAUAAUAGCACAGAAGCCAAGUCUUAUCGGGAUGCCCUUUACAAGUUCAUGGUGGAUACUGCUGUGCUUUUGGGAGCUAAUAGCUCCCGAGCAGAGCAUGACAUGAAGUCAGUGCUUAGACUGGAAAUUAAGAUAGCCGAGAUAAUGAUUCCACAUGAAAACCGAACCAGUGAGGCCAUGUAUAACAAAAUGAACAUUUCCCAGCUGAGUGCUAUGAUUCCUCAGUUUGACUGGCUGGGCUACAUCAAGAAGGUCAUCGAUUCUAGACUCUACCCAGGUCUGAAAGACAUUGACCCUUCAGAGAACGUGGUUGUCCGUGUCCCGCAGUACUUUAAGGAUUUGUUUAGGAUAUUAGGCUCUGAGCGGAAGAAGACCAUUGCCAACUAUUUGGUGUGGAGGAUGGUUUACUCCAGAAUUCCAAACCUUAGCAGGCGCUUUCAGUAUAGGUGGCUUGAAUUCUCGCGGGUAAUUCAGGGGACCACGACUUUGUUGCCUCAGUGGGACAAAUGUGUAAACUUUAUCGAAAGUGCCCUCCCUUAUGUUGUUGGAAAAAUGUUUGUGGAUGUGCACUUCAAGGAAGAUAAGAAGGAAAUGAUGGAGGAAUUGAUUGAGGGUGUUCGCUGGGCCUUUAUUGACAUGCUGGAGAAAGAAAAUGAGUGGAUGGAUGCAGGGACAAAAAGGAAAGCCAAAGAAAAGGCAAGAGCUGUUUUGGCAAAAGUUGGCUAUCCUGAGUUUAUAAUGAAUGAUACUUAUGUUAAUGAAGACCUCAAAGCAAUCAAGUUUUCAGAAUCCGACUACUUUGGCAAUGUCCUGCAAACCCGCAAGUAUUUAGCACAGUCUGAUUUCUUCUGGCUGAGAAAAGCGGUUCCAAAAACAGAGUGGUUUACGAAUCCCACGACCGUCAAUGCCUUCUACAGUGCAUCCACCAACCAGAUUCGAUUUCCAGCAGGAGAGCUGCAGAAGCCUUUUUUUUGGGGAACGGAAUAUCCUCGAUCUCUGAGUUAUGGAGCUAUAGGAGUAAUUGUUGGACAUGAAUUUACACAUGGAUUUGAUAAUAAUGUGAACUGGGGAGUGCUACAGGGGAGUGCCACAGAAGCAGACUAUUCCCAGCUGGUGAAGGGGAAGAGGACCCUGGGAGAAAAUAUUGCUGAUAAUGGAGGUCUGCGGGAAGCUUUUAGGGCUUACCGGAAAUGGAUAAAUGACAAGAGGCAGGGACUUGAGGAGCCUCUACUACCAGGCAUCACAUUCACCAACAACCAGCUCUUCUUCCUGAGUUAUGCUCAUGUGAGGUGCAAUUCCUACAGACCAGAAGCUGCCCGAGAACAAGUCCAAAUUGGUGCUCACAGUCCCCCUCAGUUUAGGGUCAAUGGAGCAAUUAGCAACUUUGAAGAGUUCCAGAAAGCCUUUAACUGUCCAUCCAAUUCCACGAUGAACAGAGGCGUGGACUCCUGCCGACUCUGGUAG